GACUUGACCAUUGCCGUUGUUGGCGCUACCGGAGCCGUGGGCGCAGAGUUCCUGCGCAUCGUCGAGCAGCGUUAUGCACCUGAUAGGCGGAAGGCGGCGAUGGCGUCCCAGCGCUCGGCCGGCAAGCGCAUCGUUGUCGGCGGCGAAGAAUUGGUGGUCGAGGAAGCCACGGCGGACUCCUUCGAGGGCGUGGACGUCGCCUUCAUAUCGGCCAGCUCUGCAGUGAGCCGGGAACUGGCCCCCCAUGCCGUGGCCGCCGGUGCGGUGGUCAUCGACGACGGCUCGGCAUUCCGCAUGGAGGCCAACGUGCCGCUGGUGGUGCCCGAGGUCAACGGCGAAGACGUGGAGUGGCACGAGGGCAUCAUUUCCAUCCCCAACUGCUCCACCACGCCGCUGGUCAUGGCCGCGCACCCCCUGCGUGAGCUCAGUCCCAUCCGCCGUGUCAUCGCCGACACCUACCAGUCGGUAUCCGGAGCGGGUGCGUCGCUGGUUGCGGGCCUGCGCGAGCAGUCGGAGCGGCUCAUCGAUGCCGACCACAGCAGCACCGCCAGCGAGCCGGGACAGAUCGCCUACAACCUGAUUCCACAGAUCGACCGGUUCAUGGACACCGGCUACACCUACGAGGAACAGAAGAUGCGGCAGGAGUCGCGGAAGAUUCUCCACGAGCCGGAGUUGCUGAUCUCCGCCACCUGCGUCCGCGUGCCGGUCUACGUGUCCCACAGCGCGGCGGUGCACAUCGAGUUCGACCGCCCGGUGUCCGUGGGCGAGGCCCGGGAAGCACUGGCAGGGAUGCCGGGAUUGACCGUGCUGGAUGACCCGGCCAAUGCCGCUUAUCCCAUGCCGUGGGACGUCUCCGGUCAGGACGAUGUGUUCGUCGGCCGCAUUCGGCAGGACCUCUCAAACCCCAACGGGUUGGCGAUGUGGAUCGUUUCCGACAACCUGCGCAAGGGCGCAGCGCUCAACAGCCUCCAGAUCGCCGAGGAACUGCUGUCCCGCAAUCGCCUCAAGCCGCGCGCCGCAAACGCUUCCGUCCAGGCCUAG